GUGAAAACGAGAACUACACAAACGUCGCCCGGAUGAAUAUUCAUGAGCCGGACAGGUGGAGGAUGUGAGCUGCUCGUGCGGCAUCAACACUUCAGAGGACAGAUUCCGUUCAGGUCGCGCUGCUGGUCCGCUUUGAGAAAGAUUUCGCCUUCUUUUCAAUGGUGUACGAGUAGUCCGGUAUUUCUGUCGACUGAGAUGAGAUGAGGUCCUGGCAUGGCAAACUUUUCUUCUUCGCGGGUUGUGUGUGUGUGUUGAUGUUAACCUCGUGGCACAUAUCAAAGUCAGAUAACUUGCCGUCACAGCUGCAUUUGGUCUAUGAGAGGUUACUUCGGGCAGAACAACGAGGGGAGGUCUUAUCACAAGAGCUGCUUAAAGUUCUCGGUCAACUUAAAAACCACAGCAUCGUUACAUCGAACCUCACAGUCAGCAACUCCUCCGCUUCACUAGAAGAGAGGGUCAGCUGGCGCUUGUUGCCUUCGCAGCCUAAUGCCCACAUCUACUUGCCUCACCUGAAGGAGCAUGAGGACAGUCUGAAACCCAUCGUUCAUCUGGGGCAGCGACGCACUGGAGUGUCUCUGGUGUUAGGAGUACCAACUGUGCACAGGCAGAAACAGAGUUAUCUAGUGAACACACUCCAGUCUCUACUAUAUGACCUUUCAACUGCAGAGAGGAAAGAUAUUGUCAUUGUAGUCUUUGUUGCUGAGACAAAUACAACAUUUGUGAAUGCAGUUGUAGAGAGUGUACAGACCAAUCUCCCAGAUGCCGUCAGUACUGGAAUAAUAGAGGUGAUCUCUCCAUCUCCUCACUAUUACCCAGACUUUAGUACCCUGAAGGAAACUUUUGGAGACCCCAAGGAGCGAGUCAGAUGGAGGACCAAGCAGAACCUUGACUACAGUUUCCUCAUGCUGUAUGCGCAGUCUAAGGGCACAUACUACGUCCAGCUUGAGGAUGAUAUUGUAGCAAAGCAAGGAUUCUUUGCGUCCAUGAAAAUAUACAUAGAACAGGUGCUUUCCGAGGAGUGGCUUUUCUUGGAGUUUUCCCAGCUGGGAUUUAUCGGCAAGCUUUUCCGGACCUCAGAUCUGCCAAUGAUUGUGGAGUUUUUCCUGAUGUUUCACAAAGACAAGCCAGUCGAUUGGCUGCUCGAUCACAUCCUGUGGGUUAAAGUGUGUAACCCAGAGAGAGAUUUAAAUCACUGCAAUAACGAGAAGGCCCGGCUGAAGAGAACUUACAAACCCUCAUUGUUUCAGCAUGUUGGUUUGCAUUCCUCACUGCCUGGUAAAAUUCAAAACCUAAAGGAUAAAGACUUUGGCAAUCAGUUGCUGUUCAAAAGCCACGUUAACCCACCAGCACAAGUCAGCAGCAGUCUGGAGAAAUAUCAGUCUCACACACUGGAGAGAGCUUACAACGGAGAAGACUUCUUUUGGGGCCUCACACCUAAAGGAGGAGAUUACGUUCUCAUUACGUUCACCACACCUCAAGCCAUCAAAGGGUACUUUUUUCGAUCUGGCAAUAUUGAGACAAAUGGUGACAGGUUUUACAACACAACAGUGGAGGUGCUCCCUAAUGAUAACUUCGUAAAAGAGAAGGUCACAAGAGGAGAAUUAACCUGCUGCAAACCCUCAUCUGAUGGCUUUGUUCAGAUAGGUUCUUUCAAGAAUGGAGUGGCCGAAGGAGACGUGGAUGGAGCAUUAGGAGAAAUAGCAGCCAUGAGACUCCUAGUUCACUCUGAUUCUGAUGUCUGGGUCCUACUCAGCGAGAUCUUUAUUAAAGUUUGAUGAGCCGAGGAGAGAAGAGAAAUUCGAUCUGCAUGGUAACAUGUAAUACCGCCUGCUGUGGACAACAGCGCAUGCUGCUGGUCUGUAAAGGAUCUUCCCUGUCAUUGCUGUGUGCCAUCUUGAGGUGCGUCGUAAUACUGAAUUACAGGAUGCAACCAAACAAAUGUUUACACUGUUGUUUAUUGAGGUCCAUGAAUGUUUUGAUUUAUUCAUUUUUUCUAAUUUUAUUUAAAUUAUUGUUGCAAAAAAGGACCACGCAUAUGACGAUGUUUCAUAUUAUACCGAAUGAUUGAAAUAUUUGACUGUCAAUAAAUAUCGAUAAUACCAA